GAGCCAUAAUGACUGUUACUACUCCCAGUGUAAAUCAGUUUCUCGGCGCAGAGAGACAUCAGCGUUCGCUAGAGAACGUACGCAGGGAAUUUAACCCCCCUGUACUCAAACACACAAGAAUAUUCUUUUAAUCACCAUAAUUUAAUAAUGUGUCAACACCGUAGCACACAGUAGGAGGAAGUUUGUUUGUUGUCCGCGGAUAUUUCUCGCACUUUUUGCGAGAGUAUGGCGGUGGAGCUGGUGGGGAAGCGCUGCCUGUGCGUAAGCGGCGGAGAGUCGCUGGAGCUCGCGGGUAUCUCGCGCUGGACCUGGAGAGCCGGAGUCAUCCGCGCGAUCACUGACUCACCUGCGCUGACGGUGUGUGUGCACUGGGACGGCGAGCAGAGCGCGGAGAGGAAGUGGAGGAGACUCCGAGAGGAAUGUGAGGUGGUUUUGUUGGAGCAGGAACUCGUCUGGGCCGCCAAAAGAACCGGCACAAGCGGCAGCAGCAGUGCCCAGGAGAAGAGAAGACUGCAACCCGCCCUGAGAUUCCGGCCUCUGAUUGGUCAGUCAUGCGUGGAAGGCUUGUCGGUGGUGGAGUUCAUCUCUGACAGACAGCUGGAGUUCUACACGGAAAAGGAGGAUCUCCAGCCUUUCGAGGAUGAAGUGGGCGAUGGAAAUCCGGCUGUGAGAGAUGAUCCAUCUCUGCAGGAACAGGUCCAGGCCUGGCUCAAACAGAACCAAUUCCAGAACAUUCUUCAGCAAGGUGCUUGUUCUCUUAAGGGCCUUAGAGUGAAAGUGUUCAGACAGGAGUCCAAAACCCAGUGGCUUCCUGGAGUCAUCACACAUCACGACCAGAACAAUAGAACUGUUGCUGUCAUGACUGACCAGGUUCGAGAGACUGUGAAUGUAGAUCCGUCGCUGGUUCAUGUGGUGUUACUAGAUGAUAUCACCCACUCCUUGCUAAUGGGAGACAACUCAAAACACAAAUCAUACAUCACCAAGAUCAAUAGGAUUUUUCUUGGCACAGAAAGCAUAUCAAAUAACACUACAACAAAUGAACAGGUGUGCAUCUCCAGGCCAGUGCAGCAGCAAUCUGUGCUGAGCGCACAGAACUGCGGCAUGGAAGACGAUGAAAAAGAAGGAAUGAGGGACGGAAAGAGGAGUGAUGAGGGAAGAGAUUCUUCCAAAUCUAAAAACAGCAAUGGUGAUAGGAAAAGGAAGAAAGAAGAUGAGGAAAAAGAUGACAAGCAGAGAACAAGAUGUGGGUUGAAGAGGUUGAAAGCGAGCAGUGUGGUGUCCGACCUGUCUGAGAACACUGAUUCUGAAAAUUCCAGCUGCAGAAUGCAGGAUUCAUCCUCGGAUUCAGGAUCAAAGAGACAGCUGAAACAGCAUUACACUUCAAAGAGAUCAUUGGACUGUGAGGUUCACCUCUCCCAUAAAGGCGGGGAACCUUCCCCCGGCCAAUUAGGAGAGUGCGAGACUCAAAAAUUGGGAAAAACUCCUCCAUCCGAUUUCCCUAGUGCAUCCUGCAAUGGGACAUUCAGGAAAACAGAGGCACAGGAGUGUGCUGCUGGUGUCAGUGGUGGGAAAUCUGAUGAGAAAGGUGAUGGAGGAACGACAGAAAUAGAGGACAGGACUGAGGGGGCGUCUCGGGAGGACUCGGAGGCCGUGUCUGCGCUGCUGGCAUCCCAAGAGAGUGAGCAGCUGGUCUCCAUGGAAACCACAUGUGUGCUGCUACAUGCAUCACCUCUGGAGUGUGAAGGAGCGGAAGGUGAGCAUGAGAUGUCGACAAAUGAUCCAGAGGUCAGAGGGUCAGAGUUCACCCACGCAGAGGCUAGGGGGUCAGAGUUUAACCAAUCAGAGGUCAAGAGGUCAGAAUUUCUCCAUUCUGUGGCUAUUACCACAAGCAAUGACACUGCGGUCACAGUAGAAGAGGAGCCAAGGAGUGCAUCCCCUCACUCUCCUGUCAAACCUUGCAGCAAAAAGGAGGAUGUAGACUCUAAACAGAGAUGUUCUCCAGCAGCUGUGAACGCAGAAUAUGGACCUGUCAUCUCUUUGGAAGCUACCCAUAAGCCUAGUGUGCACGCCAGUCCUUGCUCCUCUCCCGAGAUCAUAUUGAAACCUCAGAAUGUACAGGAGAUGUCCAGACAGAAGCAGAGUGCAUCUCUAGAGAUGUUGAAAGAGGACACUCCUCUGCCUAAAUCUAUGGACAGAACCCUUAGCAGCCUUAAAAUGGCACCUAAUCUGAAAAUGACCUGCUCUGCAACUCCGGUCCUGACUCGGACCCCUUCUCCAUCCCCAAACCGAUCCAGAACCCCAACACAUUCUCCUCCCUGUACACCUAAUCGCACUCCGACUCCAGACAAGUCCACCAAAAGUCCCCUCAUUGUUGACAGGAAGGAGCCUUUCACUAUAUACAGAGACCCUGCUUUAGUCAGGGCGGAGCUUGAGGCCCACCCCACCUACAUCCAGCCCCCUCACACACCCCCAAACCCCAAACACCACCUGAAAGCACCAUCUCCCUCCUCCAGCUCACCCAGCCUUACCCCUACUUCCUCCCACAGCAAGCUACUGAGUCCCUCCCCUCAUCCUGCACAUCUCUCUCCCAUUCCCCUCCACUCCCAGCCUCCCCUCUGCUCCCUGAGCACACCCCACUCAACCAUCCCUCACCCGCACCUCCUUCCAUCCCUUCUGCCGGCACUGCCCCCGUCUGGCGCACUCUUAGCUGGACAUCCUCGUAUCGGAGCUAUGGGACUUCCCCACCAUCCCUUAGCCCUUUCAGGUAACCCAUCUCUCCUGGGCCAGACCUCUGGUGCAGCUCCUCUGGCACCUCUUGGCCUCUAUCCCCUCCUGUGGCCUCCUUUCCCCAAUGGAGCCCAUAGCUACCCUGGACUGGGCCUGCAAGCAUCCAAAUGGACACACCCAGAUGGCGCUGGUAUCUCUGACAGCAACGUGAGGAGGAACCCCCCAAGCCCUUGGAUUUCUCAACCCACCCCUGUUACUAAUGCAGACGGUCAAGGGAUGCAACCCCCACUCCCCAUCCGACCCUCCAGUGCGGACCCUCAGAGAGCAUCUAGGAGCACUCAACAUUGCGUGCCCUCCUCCAAAACCACAGAAGAGCUGGAUAGAAGAGCCGUCGCCGAGAGCACACUCAUCCACACUCACCUCAAGUCUGAACAGGAGCGUGUCCGUGCAGCAUUGGGCAAAAAUGGGCAGAGUUACUCCCCAGUCCCCCCUGAGUCGCCUCCAAGUCGAACCAAACAGCCACUUGUUGUUUAUGAUCUCACAGGUGAGAGACCCAACCGCUACCAAGAAGAGAACCGGCGCAUUCUUCUGGAGAGCAGUGAGGUGGCACCAUUCACUGCUAAACUGGGCUCGGAUAGGGAACCGCGAUACCCUAGAAGCCCCACAUCUGCCCUUCCUUCCAAGGAGAGGGAGAGAGAGAUGGACAGAGAGAGAAAGAGAGAUGUGCACGCAUUCAGACACACUCUUCCUCCUCGGCCACAUUCGGCCCAUCCCACACCAACCCUCACUCCGAGCAGCUACUACACAUCUCUGUCCAACAGCAUAGAGAACAAGCCUCCACAGCGCAGAGUGCCAGCCAGCAAAGAACUGUAUGAGAGGCUCAGUGCCAGCAACACAGUUACCCCUGUCUUAACUUCCUCCAGCUCACAAGUCUCAAUAAGAGCCAGACCUCCGCCUCUCAUAAAACGCCACCACGAGAAAGAAGAAGGUCUCCUGGGAAAGAUCACAGAGCAACUUGCACAUAAAGCAUCUUCCAUGGAAGCAGUAGAGGUAGCAACUGUGGAGAGAAGGGGGCCAGGCUCUUCUCUCAUUUCUGUCUCCUCUUGUCCACGCAACGUGCCUUUACUCCACCGUGCCCCUAUUUUCCACCCUCCGGCACCAACCAUUUUAGUUUCUAAAGAUUCUGGACAUGGCAGAUUGUCCCCACCUACUCUCACACCCAUUCAGCCAAUGAGUUUGCCUGGAAAAGGUCAGAAGCAACAGAGGCCACCCACCCUGUUGCCUGAGCUCAAACAUGUCACCUUAGAUGGUAAAAGACCUGUGCCAGAGAAAGCAACGUCAUUACAGGCCUGUGAUAACCAAUGGGGUGGAGUCAUGUUUGGCAGAGAGAAAGUAGGUGUUGGGCACACAACAAAUGGAGGUGUAGUCAAACCUCAGUCGGCCACUGCGUCAGUCAUUGUACGUCCAACAAGUCACACACAUGCAACAAUAAAUUACGCAGUGUCCGACAGCUCAGUUUCCCAGGUGCAGUCUGGCCACAUAAAGUCAUUGGAAAGUUUGUCCAAUCCACACUCUAAGGAGGGCAAUGUUCAGCAUAAGAGAGGUGUCCUGUGGACUCCAAUGGAUACUGUUCACCCUAUCAACAUGACUGCUCUAAAGGGAGAUCUCAACACACCCAUAAACAUGACAACCAAACCUAUUAACACAGCUCAACCGAGUCACAGAGCGACACACCCCUUAAUAAAUAUGAAUGCCACAUGCUCUAGGAUAGACCUAAUCGCAGAACACUGCAAGAGAAGAGAUGGUGGAGCCGUUCAACCGAAGAUGGAGCCCUCUCCUACCUCUUGUUGCACUUCUAGAGACUUCCCUCAUCUGAAGAAACACAGAGCUGGACUAGUUACUGCUGAAUCUAGACUUAACACACAUAUGAUUCAGCCUCAACACACUACACAUCCUUUAAACGCUAUGAAACAUACCUCUCACCUCUCAAAUAGUAGGUGUGGGACUUGCACUACACUCUCUACACACACUGUGUGUUCUACACAUGCUUCUGAAAGAGAAAAAGAGUCUGUAUUCAACACUAGCACUUCUGAAUGUCUCAGACUGGCAUCAGGGACUUCUAGCCCUGCACCAACAACCAAACAAGGUUUGCUAGCCAAUGAGCAGAUACCUGCUUCAGCUGUAACCAACCAGUCAGUUCAAUUCAGUCAGAACAACUACCAUAAACUGAAAAAAGCCUGGCUGACACGCCAUUCUGAGCAAGAUAGAGGCAGUGCGGCCUCCCAGACACUAGAUGGCAGUAAGACAGCUGUAACUUUGACCAGCACAAGCAUCUCUGUGCCAAUCAAACAGGAAGUGAAUGGACUGGUGGAUAAUUGGUGCACUCAGGAGGACAAAGAUUCCUCCUUAGACAGCAGAAAGUCCAAAAUAAUGGACAAGAAGCCUACUCAAGACAGCUGGAAGUCUAGUUUAGAGGACAGGAAUUCUAAUAGUAAUGGUACAAGUUUCAAUUCAGAGGACAAAAAAUCUGUUAUAGCCUAUGAGAAACCAGUGAUAGCAGGCAAGAAGUCUUCCUUGGAUGAUGUUAAACCUGUCUUGGACAGAAAUGGAAAGCUGGAGUGUAAGGAGUCCUUUGUGGAGGACAAGAAAGCAAAUGAAAAACGAUCAACCCCUACACAUAUAAAGCCUGAAAGGGAGAAACGAGGCGAGAAACGCCCAUUAGAGUCCAGCGGUAACAGCGAAAGUGGAGGAGACUCCGGCAAUGAAAGCGAGAGUGGUGGAUCAGGACGAAGGUUUAAACGGGCAUCUAAGUCCUCUUUUAAAAUAAAGCCGAAUGACAACCAGAAGAAGAAAGUAGAUGAGGAGGAAAAGGAAGAAGAGGAAGAGGCCAAACCCAAUGGAACUUUGCAAAGUGCAAAUGAUAAGCCUCAACAGAGGCUCGCUAACAGCAAUGGCAUCCCUCGCUCUGUGCUGAAGGACUGGAGGAAGGUGAGAAAGCUCAAGCAAACUGGAGAAACUUUCCUGCAGGACGACUCAUGUAAAGAGAUCGGGACCAACGUGCAGAAAUGCCGAGAGUGUCGCUUGGAUCGCUCACGUAAAUCUCAGGAGCCUGCCAUCUCACCCGUCUUCUGCCGAUUUUACUACUUCCGACGUCUGUCGUUCAGUAAGAAUGGCGUUGUCCGUGCGGACGGGUUUUCUGUGUCUGAGCAGACAGAUGAGGAGGCGGUUACAGUGUGGACGGGCAGCUCAGAGGACGAGGAGGAUAAAAAGAAGAGAGAGAUGGACCUUGAGACAUCAAAAUCUGUCCUUGCGCUCAUCGGAGAAAAGUUCUGCCAGCUCAUAAAGACAGAGGACACUGCUUUCACCUGGGUCAAGAAAGACACUCAGAUCAUGUGGAAGCGAGCGGUGAGAGGUGUGAGGGAGAUGUGUGAUGCAUGCGAGGCCACUCUCUUCAACAUGCACUGGGCGUGUCACAAAUGUGGCUUUGUGGUUUGCAUGGACUGCUACAAAGCCAGGGAGAAGAAGAAAUCCAAAGAUAGGGAGCUCUAUGUCUGGGUCCGAUGCGUGAAGAACCAGCCUCAUGACCUAAAGAACCUAAUGCCUACUCAGAUUGUACCUGAAACAGCGUUGGCGGACAUGCAGCGCUCUAUGCACUUGAUGAAAGAAAAGUUUGGAAUCUCAUCCCAUUGUCCCUGCACUGACAACAAAACCCUCAACCCCAACACGGCAACUACCAACGGACUCUCACCACUUUCAGACAAAGAUCAGAGUGACUUGAAGAGCCGACAGAUUCCAGAUCAGCAGAAGAACUCACAGAAUGUCACACUGAGAGCGCACACUGAGAGAAGAGAGAAGGCAGAGUGUGACAGUAGGAAGUCUGUGAGCCCUGAACAAGGAUCAACAUUGCGUGACCUUUUGACCUCCACAGCUGGGAAGUUACGUCUUGGGUCUGCUGGAGGUGCCUUUGCACCAGUUUUCAACAUGUCGGAACAGGUAACCCAGAACACUCGCAUGCCCAACAUCCUGGAUGACAUCAUUGCUUCUGUAGUAGAAAAUAAGAUUCCCGCUACAAAGAUGGCCAGGACGGGGCUGAAUCAGGAUUUGCUGCCAGAGGAGGAGAUGAGGCAGCGGCCAGAGGGGGUGAAGCUUGACGAAAGCCCAUUGGCUGAUACCCACACCGUUGUCCCUCACGAUUGGCUAGGAAACCACCGACUGCUUUGGCUCAAAGAUCAUCGUCACCAAGGCAACCAAAGACUGUUCAAAGAAAACUGGACACAAGAGCAGCCAGUGCUGGUGUCUGGAUUGCACAAGAGUUUGAACACUAAUCUGUGGAAGCCUGAGCACUUCAGUCGUGAGUUCUCCAGCCUCCACAGUGACCUCUACAAUUGCAGAGAUGGGAGUGUCACAAACUCCAAGGUCAAGGAGUUCUGGGAUGGUUUUGAAGAUGUGUCAAAGAGGCCUAAAUCUGCUAAAGGGGAGUCAGUGGUGUAUAGACUGAAAGACUGGCCAUCAGGGGAGGAGUUUUUGGCACUCAUGCCUGCCAGAUAUCAUGAUGUGAUGAAGUCUUUGCCGGUACCAGAGUACACAGACCCAGAGGCUCAUCUGAACCUUGCCUCACAUCUGCCCUCCUUCUUCAUUCGACCCGACCUUGGUCCUCGCCUCUGCUGCGCCCACGGUAUAACAACAUGUCCAGAGCAAGAUUUCGGGACCAGUAAUCUACAUGUUGAAAUCUCCGACACCAUGAGUAUUCUGGUAUAUGUCGGGGUGGCCAAAGGAAAUGGAGCCCCAUCCAAAACAGGUGUAUUGAAGCUCUUGGAGGGAGAAUUUCUGGAUGAGAGUGUAAAGAAACGACUGAAAGACCCUAAUGAGAUGCCAGGUGCUCUGUGGCACAUCUACAUGAGUAAAGACCUACAAAAGAUCCAGGAGUUCCUACAAAAGGUUGCUGCUGAGCAGCAGACUGAAGCAGAUCCAGGGACGGACUCGGACUCAGAGUGGGACAGUGAUGCCGACCCCCUGCGUGAGGGCGGAUGGUAUCUGAGCCCCAGGCUGAGAAAGAAGUUACAGGAGGAAUAUGGCGUUGAGAGCCGCACACUCCUCCAGUUCCAUGGAGAUGCUGUUAUCAUCCCUGCUGGAGCUCUGCACCAGGUGAUGAAUCUGCACAGUUGCAUCCAAGUGAAUGUAGACUUUGUGUCCCCUGAACAUGCGCACAACUCCUAUUAUCUAACUCAAGAGCUCCGCCUUCUCAAAGACCAAGUGAAUUAUGAAGACAAACUCCAGGUGAAGAACAUCUUUUAUCACUCUGUGAAAGAUGCUGUGGCCACAUUGAGGAAACAUUUGAAGGAGAACACAGACGAGCUAAAACAGGAGGAGUCCUGACAAUGCAUCUCCUCCUCUUUCCAAACCCUUGGAGCAUAAAGACAAUCCCAAGAUUCUCCAGGAAAGAACUUUGAUUCCAACAAAAUGGGCCGUGACUUCCUCUAUGAUGUCGCUUUCUUCUUUGAUUUUCUCUCUUUGUUUGACCCUCCCUGUUGUGUCUUCCUGUGUGGACAGGAAGUGAGGUAAGGGGUGGAAGUACAACAAACGGAGAGAUAAAAAUACACUGUGCUCUCCAGACAGGUGCAAUGAACUUUAAAGCCCAUCACUUCCACUUGCCGCACACGCAGAAGACCAUGGAAAACAAUUAGAAAGAAGAACACUGGCAAAUACAUGUUUUUCCCAAAGGCGAUAAUGAUCCAUGUUCUUUAUCAGUAGUUUUUGCACUGCGAAGUGUUCACCAUGCUGUCAUGCUGUGUUUUGAACAGUUGGAGAGAGCAGAGAUUCUAACGCAAUCAUUGCAGCAUUCCAUCAAAUCAGCAGCUGCCAAACUGACAGGUUUUAUUAUGUUUAAGCAACAUUAAAUUAUUUACAGUUUGGCAAAUAUUCACUGUGCAGAGGGAGAAUAUUAAAGAAAUUGUUUAUUCUGUGUUCGUUUGAAAAAAAGAUCUUGUGAAAUUUUCAGCUGAAAUGUAUUAUGUAAAUAGCAGAAUAUACAUAUAUAAAUAUAUAUAUUAUGAUUUUCUAUAACAUGGUGUGCUUUAUUUGCUGUAUGUGUUGUUUGCUACUGUAUGUACAUUGAAGUUAAAGAAAUGUUUUACAUUUUCCAUUAAAAAUGGAAUAAUCAAA